UAUGAGGUUUUUUAUUGCCUUAUUGACUCGUUUUUCCCAAAGCUGAUUGAUAAGAACUAUUAUUUCAAGUGGCUGCAUAAACACAGUGAAACGUUGAUACGAUGAUAGCGAGUUCGCGCUGGACAGCAUUUCAGUCGUAUCGUGUAUUACCCUGAUGAGAGAAUUCAGCUGUCUUCUGUAUCCGUGUUUAUAAGUAUCAAGGAAGCACACCCGUUGCCAUUCGGCUCGAUCUUAGAUUACAAAUAAAUCGUGUUGAUCCCGGGUUAAAACCUCGUGUAUGGCAGGAUUUAGCGGAGAACAUUUCAUGCUUGGGUGAAGACCGAACUUGGUUAGGUUGCCUUGGAGAGACUCCGGUGGUAUUAGGCAUCCAUUGCUGUUUGUUCGUUCUCAAUGGCUUCGACUGCUAGGGUAACUUCAUAUGCGAAGAUGUCACAGUUGGAGACAACACGUGAUCUCUCUGAGCGUCGUCAGAUCCGAGCUUUGCUUCGGACCUUGAAAGAAAAACGUGAACAACGCGAACAGCAGGUGGCCGAUGAUCGUGUCAACAACAACGCCGCAGCAGCAGCACCACCCCCCGGGACUGCACGUGAUGCAAAAGAUGGCGGUGGUGUACGGUUCGCCAACGCUGAUAAGCCGAUGGAGAGAACCGACAGCGGAACGAACAUUCUCGAACUGCGAAGUCGGCGACGAAGUGUGGCGAAGCCUCCUCCGUCGACCAGCUUCCUCGUGAACAAACUGAGUAACGUGAUGCAGAGAGAGAAAGCUGCGCGCGCAUCAUCGCCAGCCAGGGGGGUGAAUGCUUUUAAGAACAAGUUUGAGAACAAGGACGCGAAUAAUAAUCAAGCAGGCGCAAGACCCGGGAACAAAUCACCGGCAGUGGUGCAGACCACUCAAACACGUAGCGUGGUACAAACAUCAAAAACUGUCGUCGAGACGAAGUCGGUCACACACGUGGAGAAAAAGGAGGAACCAGAAAUUCAUCAUCCUAACCGUAAUGCUUUGCGAUCUCGCCGUAGAUCGGUGGCUAAGCUUGCGGUGAACAAACACGAGAAACCAAGUGCACCAAUGCAGAAUGGACCGGUUAUAACGGAACCAGAAGUCGCCCCUACGGCUAAAGAUGCUCGUUUCCAAAGGCGACUAUCGCGGACUCGUAUUACGCCGAAGAUGGACACACAUGCCGGUCGUUUUACUCCAAUGGGCAAGGCUGGGGCCGUUAAGCCAAAUGCUUUUGGUUCACCCGCUGAGAGGAUGGCGUACUUCCAGCAAGCUGCUCAACAAGACAAACCCGCAGAACCCGCAAAACCUGCGAAGCCUGCUCAACCCGCACCUAAGCCUGCAGCUAAGCCACCAGCGGCUUCCCCGGUACAACAGAACAAAGAAAAUGACAAUCAAAAUAAACCCAUCGAGAAAAUACCGCGAAGAAGUCCUCCAAAGAAGAAACCACAACUUAAGCGACAAAUGUCGGUUUCUCAAUUAGUUUUACAAUGGUGCAAAGAACAGACAGAGGAAUACGAGGGUGUCAACAUCACGAACUUUAGUGCAAGUUUUGCAGAUGGUUUAGCAAUGGCAGCAUUGAUUCAUAAAUUCAAUCCAGAUCUCUUCGACUAUAACUCUCUCAAGCCUGGCGACAGGGAACGAAACUUCACGACAGCGUUUCAAGCCGCAGAAAAAGUCGGCGUGGCCGUGUUACUCGAUGUCGAAGACUUGGUCCGAAUGAAGAAACCAGAACCGCGAAGUAUCCAAACCCAAGUCCAAAUGAUUUUCAGCAAAUACAGGCCAAAAGAUAUGGACAUGAGCCAAUUGACAAUCGCCUAAAGACGGUCAGGUCACAAUAUAGAUAUAUUUUAAAUUUUUAAAUUUUUAAGGCAGCAAAGAAAUAAUUCGAAAUUAGGUCAUUUAGGAGAAAAUAGGAUAAAAUGUGCGAGAUAUAUGGAAUAAACUCAAGUCAUUUUUAAGUAACUUUCGAGAGAUCGGGAUAUGAUAUGCACAGAUAUGCAAAUGAAAAGCUCACUCUUCGAAGUGCUCUGUGAAGCCGUUAUUUGAUAAGAAUUUUCUGGCUUUUUUCCCCUUUACAAUCCCCAUAAUGGUAGUGACACGUUGCACUUGAUCAGUCUUUUUGCUCUCAAGGAGCGCCCGGUGCGAUUGUGGCAACAAUUGGCGGCAACCGUUAAAUUUGGCUUCAAAAUUUGAUCUAGAGUUGUGUUGGUGUGACGUUUAUUUGCCUAUCUGUGUGUCGAACUCGUCAAAGGAUUUUUCAUCAUUGCACAAUAAAGCGCACUUAAGUUGCACAGGCGCAGGGAAAAUUUUAUGCAACGGUUGGUUUUUAUGGUUUUUACCAGGGUUGUUUAAGAAAAGUUGGUAAGAAAAAGAGCUAAGCAAUGGGCAUAAUGGCACAAUAAGGAAUUCUCGUGUAUUUCACAAUAGAUAAUACUAUAAAUUAGUUGGCAAUUUAAACAGAGGCCGCAGUCACAAAAAUGUUAUCCCAUGAUUGCCUUUGUACGGAUCAAAAGAACUGAAACAUUUUAGAAGAGACCCUUUUAACUAAGACAUUGAUUCCUGUGCUGUAGUAAAGAACUAUAUUAUGCGAUAGUUCUCGUCAGUGAUCCGUCCAACGACUGUGUUUCAUAAGGAAUUGAGCGUUGGUGUUUCAUUUUUUAAGGGCAAAUGGGGGGGGGGGGGAUUUGGACACACUGCACAAAUUUAAAAGCAGAUGUAAAAUGGAAUAUUUUUGCAAAUAAAAGAGUUUAAUGUUCA